UUUAUUAUUUGUAUGCUAUGAAUUUAGUUUAUAUAGUUUGUUGGCAAGUUUCAUAACUUUGGCAAGUUUCCUAACUUUAUAUCGAUAACAUUUUAAAGGAAAACUGCUGUUGUGCCGAUGGUCUGAGUGCUGAAAAAUUCAAAUUUAUGGAAGCGAAAAAUUAUCUCUCAAAAUUGAGCAGCACGGUUGAAGGAUUACUAGCCAUCGUGAUUACUGACCGAGAUGGCAUUCCAUUAUUGAAAGUUGCGAUGGACCAAGUUCCUGAACAAGCUCUGCGGCAUAGUUUCUUGAGUACAUUUGGAACUGCAACGGAACAAGCCAAUAAACUAGGACUCAAACAGAGCAAGUCUGUGAUCUCCAUGUUCAAAAAUUAUCAGGUUGUGCAGAUUAACAAAUAUCCACUAAUUGUAACAUUUAUCGCAGAGAGCAGUGCAAAUACUGGUUUGCUUCUUAAUUUGGAAACAGACAUGCGAGAUAUACUGAGUGAUCUCCAGCGAGUUGUUCCCACUUCCUAGACUACUGCACAGACCAGACUAGGGCAAUAAGUGCAAUUUUUAUUGACAUCUUACAAUCAGAAGUUUCCUUGGCAACAGAUGAUGCAAGACACCAGUUCUAUUUAAUGUGACAACUCAUUAACCAUGAACAAUGUUUACCAAGUUUCCAUAUUUUGACACUUGUAUGGACUGCUCCAGUAAAUCUCUCAUCCUCUAGAUGAAAGAUAAUUUGCCUCUGUCUAUUUUCUACUUUCUAAACACAGUUUAUCCUCUUGUCAUACACCAUAUUUGCGAGCCAAGUGUCUGAUUCACUGGGAGAUGAGAGUUAGCGAAUUGGACAUUUCACAUUUGGCUAACUAAUGACGAUAGUCAUACUCUGAUUGUUCACCCCCCCCCCCCCAACACAAAACAGUGGGCAAGGGAUAAUUGGUGUCAUCAAAUUUUGUGGGGAUCAAAUUUUAUUGUCAAAAAUACAGUUUUAUUGAUUUAUACAUGUAAAUAAUGUUGUAAUCUUCUCUUUGUUCUUCCAUUGGAAGCAAAAAUUGAACAGUGUUGAAUUGAUUUUGUGGUCCAGCACACCAACGAAAACAACAAAAAAUGGUAUUCAAAGAAAACAAUUAGACCACAGAAUAUGAUAAGCAGGAAGUGCCCAAAUCUUUUAAAAUGAAAUGCUAAAUUUGCUCAAACACUUGCUACACAAACAACUGAGUGCAUGAGCAGAAAAGUUGAAUACUUCGUAUAUAAACCCCAAACUAUUGACUGUCUAGGAGGAUGAUAGUAUUUUUAUUGUACUCCGGAGACAGUACCAGCUGUGACAACUGCUGUCAAGGAGGACAAUAGAUAUGCUUUGAGGGGUAUAUAAUGGUACCGAUUAAUAUAAAGUACACGUACAUUCCAGAAAAGUAGAAACAUUGACUUUCAACUCUAGAGAGUGAUAAAGGGGGGGUGGGGGGGGGGGUCGUAUGGAUUUCAACUGAUAUCACAGACAAUACCUUGGAAAAGCAGGUAAAUAGUUUCAAAAUUGUUUGCCCAAGGUUAAUAGUCUUAAAGCUGUUUUCCAGGAAAUAGUGUCAAGACUAUUUGCCUUACUAGGGCUAUAUUUCAGAAACUAUUUACUGGCAGAUGACAUUGCUGAUUUCUUCACUAAGUAUUUAUUUGGAAAAAUCUCCCAGAGAUUUAAAGAUGUAACAUUAAGCUAAGAGUAUGUAAAAGAGGGUCAUUUAGUUAUUUUGUGUAUUGUUGCUAUAUAUCCGUGUAAAAUGGUGAUAAGUUGCUGGUGCUGAAUUAUGAAUGAGAUGAUCAAAUGGUAAUUGAGUAUGGUUUAUUUAUUUGUGAACAUUUAUUUGUAAUAAUAAAAGAGUAUUUAAAAAAUUCAAAA